CCGAAUCCCUAACACACACAACUUUGGGCGAGCCAAUUUGUCUCUCACAGACGAAACCAUGUCUCUGGCGAUCCCAGCCCAGCCGCCCAACCUCAACCUCAUAGAUCAGGACGACAAGAUACGCACUCAUGGUACCGGCUCAAAAGACUCGAAGCUUGCUGGAAAGUCUUUGACUCAACAAUUUGACUACUUGUCGCUGGCACUGCCUCUCCCUCAUGAACAAGAAGAAGAAUCAGCAAAGGAACAAGAAGAAGAGGAGGAGGAGGAGGAGGAGGAGGAUGAAGAAGAAGAAGAAGAAGAAGAAGAAGAAGAAGAAGAAGAAGAAGAAGAAGAAGAGGAAGAGGAAGAGGAAGAGGAAUUUGACGUUUGUGAUGUUUGCUUGAAGACCAAGGAACACUGGACAUUUGAUUGCCCGUACCUGGAUCGGAUCCCGAACCCAAAGACGAUAACUGUUGGCAGUGGCUAUGCAAUAGUUUGUAGGGGAUGUCAUGUGUUGGGUGGCCAUUCUGAUAGGGCCUGGGUAGGACGUGCUAUUAUGAAGUCUUGUAGUAUUUGUGAGGAACCAGCUUCUCACUGGAAUUCAGAAUGCCCAAAAAACCCUGACCCCAGAGAGUAUGACGAUUCGAAUGACUUUAAGGUGUUGAUGGAAGAGAUCUAUAGUGUCGCAUGAGUACUUCUUUUCAUUAGCCAGCUCUUUGAUAAACUAUGUUAUCCCUUGCAUCAGAAUUUUAUCCAGUGUUUGAGAACACAGUACUUUUGUGCCCCCUUUUAUGAAAACGCUUAUCUUCACAUUGUUAUUGUACCGAAUUGUUAUUUCUUGCCAACUGUAU